AAAGUCCAAAGUACACAAAUUUGCAUAAUGGCAGAUAUACCUGUGAAGUCUCGAGUGGGCCAAAGAUCGAGCAAACGCACAACAAACGGGGCAAAAAACAAGGGUUUUAAGGGUCAAGGAGAUAAGUCCACUAGUGGGGACGAAUUUGAUGACUCUUCUCACCAAUGUGUAAUAUGUGCUGAGACUCUUGAGUAUGUCGCCUAUACUCCGUGUCAACAUAAAACCUGCCAUAGGUGCUGCUUGAGACAAAGAGUGUUGUACGAAAAACAGAACUGUUUGGUUUGCAGAACUGCUAACGAUGUUGUUGUAAUAUCUGAGCAAUUAGAUGGUGAUUUCAACGAUUUUCCACAAACAAAACUACAGAUCCAUGAUGAGAAAUGCAAGGUGUCCUACACAUCAGAAGCCGUCAGAAAUGCUUGUACUGAGCUAUUAGAAUACAAGUGUUCGGUAAAAGGCUGCGGUCUUAUAUUCGACAACUUUAAAGAUCUUCAAGAUCAUACAAAACUGGAACACAAUAAGUUUUUUUGCUUGAUCUGUUACAACAACAAAAAAGCAUUCAUCAGUGAACUACCCUUGUAUCACUCCAAGGCGUUAAAUAAUCAUCAACAAGUUGGAGACCAGAAGGGGUUCAAAGGACACCCAGCUUGUCAAUAUUGUUUUAAGAAAAGGUUUUACUCUGAAGAUGAGUUGAAUGUUCAUGUUAGAGACAGUCAUGAGAGAUGUCAUAUUUGUGAUCAAGACAAUCCCAACACUGCCACUUACUACAAGAACUACAAUGAUGUAUAUGAUCACUUCAAAUCCAACCAUUAUGUGUGCAGCAUACAAUCAUGUUUGGAUAAAAAGUUUGUGGUGUUUAGAGAAGACUUAGACUUAACAGCACAUAUGUUGAAAGAACAUGGUGCCAUUACUGGUGCAAAUGAUAGGAUUGUCAUCGGUGCUGGGAGAGCAUACCAAUCACAGCUCUCUACCUAUCCAAGAAACCCAGCAAGAUCUAAUGGUGAAACAGAUAAUUCGGACCCUCAAGAUGUGAAGAAGAUGAGGCUAGAAGAGAGAGCCAAGCAUUACUUGGAAUACCAAAACCAAAAAAUCCAACAGUUCUUAGCCAUAAAUAAAACUUUCAAGUCUGGAACCAUUGAUGCAGAUGAAGUGGCGAAGAGUUACAAGGAGUUGUUUGCUACACAAAGCCCUGAAGAAAUCGGAAUUCUUUUAUCAGAAUUUGCCGAGUUAUUCCCUGAAUCCAGUAGUAAAUUCGCGUCUUUGAAGAAAGAGGUGGAAACUAUUGUAAAGAAUUCCAACCAAUAUGAUUUUCCAAUCCUUGGUGGUAGCCUUCAAGGUUCAGCUGUGAACCUUCAUAACUGGGGCGGCUCACCUUCAGGUAGUAGAAACUCGUCAACCGACAAGUUUCCUGUUCUUUCCAAGGCCAAACCGAAGAACCAGGCACCAAGUAUUCUGGCUGCAAAACAACCAAUACGAUAUACUACUGUCGUACAUCAACAGCCUACUUUACCAAAGUCGGUGAACAUCCACUCCUUCAAUAACGAUACCAGUUAUAGACCCUCGUAUCUCGACCUGUCAUCUUCAGCAUCAAAUUCUGCCCCUAAAGCUCCUUCUGCUUCUAACGGUGUAUCAUUACUGAGUUCCAAGUUCCCAGCCCUUGAAAAAAAGACUACUAAAAGAGUGUUUCCAAGAGUGAACGCAGUCCAAGUCACUCCUGCACUGCUGUGGGGAACGCCAGUGUUACAAAAAGUACCAGUGGAAGAAGAUAAUUGGGGAAUACCCAUAAUAGACAAAAGAAAACAGAAACAAAAGAAGAAAACAAAUACCUAAUUGUUUAUAGCAUUUAAUAAAUACAAAAAUGGUUA